AGCGCGGAUAAUAACUCGCGGUGCGACUAAACAACAAAACACAAACAACAACCGAUAAAGGGUGUGGAGAGAAAAGAUGACGUCGAUUAUGCGGAUUGAGGAUGCCGAGGUCGCCGACGCAAACCAGGAGCAAUACCUGCGCGGCCUGACCAAAACGUUCACCGGAAUCGAGAAACCGCUGAAGGACGCCCCCCAGUGUGGCACGUUGACGGAACUGAUUGCCGAGCUACACAGGGUGUUUGCCGAAGAUCGGGUCAACAUCGAGUACGUGAACCAUCUGAUGAUGAGCUACAAGAGCAACGCGGCGGAAUGGCGAAAGUUUGCCAAAUUCGAUCGUUACAGGUACACUCGCAACCUGGUCGACGCCGGCAACGGCAAAUUCAACCUGAUGCUAUUGUGCUGGAAUGAAGGGCACGCCUCCGCGAUCCACGACCACGCCGAUUCGCACUGCUUCAUGAAGAUGCUCAAGGGCGAACUGACGGAGGUGCGUUACGCGUGGCCCAAGGACGCCACCGUCAACGAGGACGCCGCGGCCAACAUCGGCCAAGAUCCGGAGGACCAGGAGUACAGCGGGGACGAGCUGGAGGAACUGUCGCGGACGACGCUCGCCACGAACGGCGUGUGCUACAUCAACGACACGCUCGGCCUGCACCGGGUCGAGAAUCCGAGCCACUCGGAUGUGGCCGUGUCGCUGCAUCUGUACUGUCCCCCGUUCGACACGUGCUCGGUCUUCAACAAGCAGACCGGCAAACGCACCAAGUGCAAGGUCACCUUCUGGAGCAAGUACGGCAAGCGGGAGGAGCAGACCGAGUAACCGAAACCCAGAACUGACGAAAGGUCCACCAAGCCUGGGGCUUUCACAAAGCAGGCGAACAGAAGAGUGAGAUUUCUACAAGACGCGGUCAUUUCUAGACAUAAAAAAAGACGCACCCAUUUUAUUAUUACCAAUUCCUUAGAAAGUAAGUUCGGAUAAUUGUGUGAGCUGUUACGACGACGACGUAACAGGGUGAAAAGGAUAUUUUACAAGCGAAAGCGAGCAUAUCUAUUCGAUUGGAUAGCUAAAACUAAUGGCCUAUCUACAAUCACUUAGCUUAGAACAUCUAAGUAUUACUGCGGGCGUCAAUAAUUAGAGUUCACGUGCGGUGAUACGACCGCAAGAUAAUGGUCGCAUGACAGCCGCAAGACAACCGCAGAACAAAUUGUUGGCUUUUGUCAAAGGUUGCCUUGAGUUUUGAGCUGACUUUUUGGAAAAUAUUCAAAACAAACCAAGUUGACAGCCAAAUCAACCAGAAUUUCAGUUCAACUUGCUGAUUUUUACACUGCGGUAAUAAGGCGGCAAUAAUCUCCUGUCACUCACAGCGAAGGAGAAACGUGAUUUUAUCUCGCAAUAAGCAAUAAAGUAGUUACUUAGGAAAGUACGCAACUUACGGCCGUCAUCCACAAUCAACUUAGAAAUUUUGCUGGGCUGAUAUACGUUGCUAUGCAGUUGUUUGUUUACCUUUGAUAUUGAAACGUCAACUUACCGCAGAUUUUGAAAUUUUUCAAACCAUACGUCAGUUUCUAAUUUGAUUACUUUUCCAUUGUAGAAGCUCGGCUUCAUUUCCAUUGAUUCAAAUUCCUAAGCUAAGUGAAAUUUUCUAAGCUAAGUGAUUGUAGAUAGGCCAUAAAGUGUCGUUAUAUUUUCUACGUUGCAUUGAGACAUUUUGCAUGUUUUUGAGAUAAAUUUUGGAAUAAAGAUAUUUAAAAUUUCUAA